UCAUCCUCCCAAUCUCUCACAUUUUCCAUCAAACCAAAUCCGCUCUUUACUAUAACCAACUUAAUUAUACUCUUGCAUCAUCUUUACUUCCGUUUAUUUUCCUUUUGUUGAUUCGAAGCAACCUUUAAAACACGUGGUAAGUGACGUCGCGUCAUGCCGUCCUACCGCAUAGAACUCGCCUCUACUGGCCGUGCAGGGUGCACGAACAAAGAAUGCAAGGACAACAAGAUCAAGAUCCCCAAGGGCGAUCUGCGAUUCGGCUCUUGGGUCGACAAUGGCCAAUUCCAGUCGUUCUUCUGGAGACAUUGGGGCUGUGUGUCGCCCAAGAUCGUCAGCAAUAUUAAUGAACUUAUUGGAGAAGGUGAUGACAGAGACCUCGAUAUGCUUGAUGGCUACGAGGACCUCUCACCUGAGAUCCAAAAGAAAAUCGAGAGAGCCCUGGAACAGGGUCACAUUGAUGAUGAAGACUGGAAUGGCGACCGUGAAAUGAAUGUACCUGGCUCGAAUGGUUUCCGGGUGAGGACACCCAAGAAGAAAGCCAAGGCCGCAGAAAAGGAGGAAAAGGGCGGAGAAAAAGAGGAAGAGGAAAAACCCAAAUCUUCGAAGACCAAAAAGCGUAGCCAUGCCCAGGUUGACGAGGAUUCCAAAGACGCCGGGACCGCGGAGCCCAAGCGACCUAAGCGAAAGUCUGCAGGCGCUACAAAGAAAGCACCCGUCUCCUCUGAAGAUGAAGAUGAGAAAGAUGAUGAUUCCGAGUUCCCGGAACCAAAGGCCAAGGCCUCGAAACGGGGCCGUCAGUCCAAAGAAUCGAAGCCUGCUGCUACUACUGGUGCGAAACGCGGAAGAAAGGCUAAGGGCGCGGAUGACGAUGCUGAAGCCGAGCCUGUUGAGGAGAAGCCCAAGCGUGGACGUAAGAAGAAGACUACUUGAUAUCCCUCUUUGAAUUUCGAACAUUUUCAUCGAGCGUUUUCUCGAGGUGUUGUAUGGUAUGUGUGAGUAUGUAUGAAAGGGGUUAGUCGUAUGCUUGCAGCAUUUCUUUGGACGAGCUUAAAAUGCUGUGUCCUUAUCGUCAUUCUCUGGAGUUUGCCAUUUCUGUUUGUGGUGUAUGUAUGUUCGUCAACAUGUAGUAGUCAUCAGCUCUGCUUUAUACCAUGUCAUCGCCACGGUGUUUGAAUCUCAUGCUAGUGUUAAUCCAAGUUUUCUCUGUAC